CAUGAAGCAACGAUAUUUUUCAUAUCAAAGCUAGCUUAAAAUUGCACCCAAAGAAAUCUCCAAUUUGAGGAAAACAAACACAUCAACAACAUGGCUAAUUGGUCUGCCGAAAAUGCCAAGAAAGCUUAUCUCCAAGCACUGAAAAUGGCCAAAAGAGGUAAAGAACCUGAUGUAGCUGAGUUCAUAUCUGCUAUAGCAGCAGGCAACAAUGCACAACUCAUGAUGGUGUCCAGUGCCGGCGUGGCCGGUUCGGCCACGCUUGCUCUGGCUGCAGCUGCUCACCAAACUAAUGGCCGUGUGGUGUGCAUUUGUUGUGAUCAAAUCGAGUCAGAUGCAUCAAGAAAAGCUCUAGGAGUUCAUGGAGAUCGUGUUGAGUUCGUUGUAGGUGAUGUGAAAACCCUUCUGCUAGGGGAAUACAAAGGAGCUGAUUUUGUGCUUGUAGAUUGUGACAUCACCAACGCAAAGGAAGUUUUUCUAGCAGCAUUUAAAGGUGCCAACAAAAAUGGGGCAAUUGUGGUUGGAUAUAAUGUUAAGCAUAAGGUCUCAAGGUGGAGACAACUUAAAGCAUCAUUUUUACCCAUUGGAGAAGGGUUGUUGGUGGCCAAAAUAGAUCCCAAUAUUGUGAAGGUUAAUGAUGACAAGGUUGUACAAAGGAAGAGUCGUUGGAUUGUUCAGGUGGACAAAUGCACAGGAGAAGAACAUAUUUUUAGGGUCACCUCUCCUGAUAGGGAAAUGCAGAUUGAAGUUUAAGGCUACAAAUUGACAUAGAUUUUGUUUUUGAAUAAUAUGAAAUGAUUAAUUGAAGUGUACGCAUAAUAGAUCUCAUGGUCUGAAGGUUACCUCUUAGGAAUGUAAAGUAGAACAGGAGCUGUUUGCUUUUGCUAUUCAGUGGUCUUUUAUUUGCAUGUGUUUUAGUGUAUAUUUGUGUAAAGCAGUUGUCCUGUUAAUUUUUUUUCACAGGCCAAAGAAGCUAUGAAAGUAAAACAGGAUGAGUAAAAUUUGGUUUAGCAUGGUUA